AUGUCACAUCCAGUUCCUACCAGUUGCCAUCCCGCCAUCUAUCAAAUCUCCUCGUCCAGCUUUCAAAGAUCCAACCCAGCCUUCACCAUAGGUUCCCAAGCCAACAAAUCUACAGAAUCGCCCUACCUAGAACCCAUCGAAAGCAAAGCAGGCGAAUCCGCCCCCUACUACACCCCAGAACAAACCCCCUCCCUCCGGCAUGGCCCUCACCACAACAACAGGCACCCUCAUUCCCAAACAUCUUCACUCCCCCUCACAAUCUUAAACCUCAUCUUCCAAAACCGCAUCUUCCUCGUGACCCUCUUACAAUACUACGCAAAUGCUCAAGACGGUCACGCCACAGACUGGCACCUAGCCCACCUAGGUGGCAUCAUCCAGCGCGGGCCCGGUCUCUCCCCCAGGGAAUCCACAGCCGUGCAAGGCUACCUCCCACACCAGUCCAUUAGCCCCAUCAACAAUCUUUGCACUGACGCCUACGGAGGCUGCUUGACCGUGGCGGAAUUGUGUAGGCUGGCGUCUUUACUUGCAGACAAGGGCGCCGAUUUUUAUUGA